CUCUUCCACGCAUGUCUCUCUUUGAAUUCCAAAAGUUUGUCGCGCAUGCGUACUCCCAAAAGGCCAUGUCUUUCGCCUUCUACCAAGUCUUCGCAUCGACAUCGAACCUUCGUCUGGUUCUCAUGACAUCGCUGCUCGUGAUCGCCUACCCUUUCAUCAGCGUGGUCUUCCUAGCGUACCAGGGAGAUGCUCUUACUAAGCUUCUCAGAACACCGCACAUCAAGUUAUGGAUGUCCUUUGGUUCAGACGUGACUCUCCUGAUCUGCGUCGCUCUCAACUCCAUCUUGGAUAAGCAAGAUUAUACUUAUCCAAUCCUCUGCGUUCAUGUUGUCAUCUUGGUGCAUUGCAUAGGUCUAGUUUGGAAGCACGUGCAAGAAAUCUUCUCUCGAGGUUUCAUGAAGUUCAUCAAGUACUACAUGAACGUAGCGGAGGUUCUUAUUGUCACGCUGUGCUUUGGUUUCGUCACCAGCGACUGGAUUGGCCGUGUGCAACAUGAUGACAAGUUACAACGGUUGGCAGUCGAGACCGAUAUGACGUCACAAUGCACAUCUUGGAGCUGCGCGGAGUGGAAUAACCCUGUCAUUGUGUCGAAUGCUUUAUGUGGUCUUGUUGUGAUUCUGUGCGUAUUCAGAACAUUCCAUUCGGUCGUCACUAGCUAUCACGCCAUCUUCGUCAUCUGGAAGUCUACGAUCGGAGCCAUUCGGGACCUCGUGAGAUUCUCGGCAGUACUCGGCGGUGUUCUCGUAUCAGUUGCUGUGGGAAUGAACGCGAUGUCUCUAUCCGAAUUCUAUGCUCAGCCAUCACAAUGCCGAAAUGGUUUAGCUGUGGAAACGUGUUCUAUCUGGGACGAAAGAUUCAUUACUCUUCCAAAGUCGAUUUUGACGCUGUAUUGGGCACUCUUUGCCGUGCGAGGGCAGACGGUGAGACAAUCGUUCGGGGACGAUACCGUCUUCGCUCUCAUCUACUACGUCUUCUUCGCAGCUUACUUCAUUCUCGCGGUCGUCCUCGGUCUCAACCUCUUCAUCGCCAUCAUGACGACCCAGCUCACCAAGGUGCAGAAAAACAGCGACGUGGAAUGGAAGUUCGGCAGAGCUCAGCUGUGGCUUCGGGUCAUCGAACCAGUGAUUGAACUCCCUCCACCUUUCAACCUUAUCCCAAAAUCAGGGACAGUACUGCGCAUGAUCAAGAGGUGGAUCGGACGUGAGACGCUGAGCCGGGAAGAAGAUGAAGAAAGACCUGGAGACCCCGAAAGGGCAUCCAUGGUUCUAAUUCACAAAUUAUUGGAACGCUACCAGGAUCAGAAACGCGAAUCGACGCCAUCCUGUUGUGGAUUUACCAUAGAAGAUUUCAGGAUAUUGAAAGAAAACUUUCUUUCUCUCCGGAACCACAUCUCAAAAAUCCUUCGCCUGAUCGAAAUGAGCAUCGAAUCUCUUGAGGUAGUCGUUGAGGGGCUCAACAUCCGAAUGGGAAAGCUCAACGACACAGACACUCAACUCGACGGCAUCGAUCACAAUCGGGUCCAGAUUGAGGACGACGACAUCGACCAGCUGACUGAUGACGUCACAAAGCUGGAGAAGUGUGUACGUCACGCAAUGGCCCGUCUGCAGAGUACUAGCUUGAUUACGCAGAUGGCAGAGAUGUACAGUCAAGGGCGUACAGUUGUCAAUGACGAUGAAGCGAGGGUAUGCUCCCAGGACCCUAAGCUGAAGGAAGCUUGGUGCGACAACAGAAGACUUACUUCAAUUCCUCAAGAUCUUGCUGAGGAUAUCGAGCUACUCUCCAUGCAGUACAACAAUGUCAAAGCCCUUUUAAACUCCUCGUUUGUAAGAUACUCUCUCAUCACAACCCUAGAUCUUCGUUUCAACGACAUCAGGGCCUUGGAUCACACAGCUUUCUAUCCUCUCAGGGAUCUGAUGAAUCUCUUUAUGUCUUUCAACCCACAUCUUGUGCUGCCGGAUACGGGGUUAUUCCGUUGGGCGAGUAAGCUGUCCAUUCUGGAUUUGUCCAAUUCAAACAUGAUAUCGCUUCCUAAUGAUACUCUCAAGUGGAGCAAAAAGCUGGAGAGAUUACAAUUGUCACGUAACCAGUUUGCUUUCAUCAACAUCAGUUCGUGUGGCAUGGUCAAGAACGUUCAUUUGGAGGGGAAUCAGCUGGCACAUCUCAGCACAGAAUUUUUCAAUUUAGUGUGCGAUAUUGAUUUUUUGGUACUGGUAGAAAACCCCAUCAAGUCAAUAGAUCCUAAUGUGAUUGCGUCACUAAAUGUCCUGGGUUUGCUACCUGGUUCGUUCCAGAACCUCACGACUUUGCAAAGCCUUACUUUAGACGACUGUAAUAUUCGAAGCCUUCAUUCACAUCUCUUUCACGACUUGGUGUCCCUUCAUAGGCUGAGUUUAACAGGAAACAGGAUUCAGCAACUUCGUUAUGAUAUGCUGACAGCGUUAAGGCAACUGACACGCAUAGACCUUGAUAGAAACGGUCUAUCUUACCUUGGUGAAACAAUAUUUUCGAACAAUCUACUGCUUAAAUAUCUGUCAUUAGCAGACAACAAACUAACCCGUCUCAACCAAAGUACUUUCAAACCGAUUGAGAAUUCCCUGUCAUCUCUAGACUUAUCAAGGAAUCCUAUUCUCUGUAAUUGUGAUCUAAAGUGGCUUCUCGAUUGGCAAAAGCGAUCACCGAUCCUUACCAUGCACACAGCAGUUACUAUUUGUUCGUCAGCAUCUCUUGCUCCUCUUCGCGAAAAGCCUCUCCGGGAUUUUGAUCCAAGUAAUCUCUGUAGGCUCAGCAGUACCAUUCCAUGUUUGAUUUCUCUUGCAGUUAUUUGCAUGGUUGUCAUUGCAGUUCUUGUGCAUCAUCAUCGAUGGCAUUUGAGGUAUAAACUCUUUCUCUUGAAACUGGCAUUAGUUGGCUAUAAAGAAGUCCAAGACGCUCGCAAUCACAAUGACUACGAAUUCGACGUAAAUGUCAUUUGCUAUGACGAUGACGAAGAAUGGAUUCGUGACCAUCUUCGUCCGGCUCUUGAAGAAAAGCUUCCGCAGUUUCGGAGGAAUGUUUUUGGUGAUGAAGACCUCAUGCUGGGAAUGCAUUAUCUAGAUGCAGUUGAUCACGCGGUGACCCGGAGUUACAAGACAGUCCUUGUGCUUAGCAGAGCCGCUGUACGCGAUCGCUGGUUCAUGCUCAAACUGCGCAUCGCCAUGGACCACGUGAGUGAUACUGGAACCGAGUUCGUUGUUGUGGUCUUCCUCGAAGACAUCCCUGAUGAUGAGAUACCUUUCAUGGCGAGAUUGUAUCUCAACGACGGCAGACCCUAUCUCCACUGGACUGAUGAUGUAAGAGGACAAGAGUAUUUCUGGAAUAAAUUGGCAAAGAAUCUGAAUAUCAAUCUAAGGACUGAUGACUUGAUCCCAAACGAGUAGAGAGGUUUCGAAAAUAACUGUUGACCUUAAGCCAUGUCAUGUUAAACACAUCCAACGUGGGGUGAACCAUUGGUGUACCUACCUACUCCGAUUGGAGGCCUAGUAUAAACAAAAAUCAACAUGACUUAAAGUGAGUCUACGGCUGCCCAGAAUUUUGAAUUUCUAGUUUUGGCAUAAAAACCUCGAUUUUUAGCUUCAGAGGUUUUAUUUCAGAAUAUAACAAAGUAUAUUUGUGGCAAAAAAUAGUAUGCUGACAGAGUUGACUGGUUACCAACGAAAAGAAAUAAUAAUAACUAUCUAGUAUUAGGAUUUCGCGUCAUUUUUAUUAUUUUAUUGAAUCGUUGUUCAGGCCUAAUAUGUUUUUAUUUGAAUACAAUAUUGCUCAAGCUGAACAAGA